CAGGUGUUUAUACAUUACAUUAACUAUAAAACAUGUAAAAAUUACAAAUUAACAUUCAAACGGGGUCUGUUGCAGCCAUGUGGAAGAUACUGUUGCUGACUGCCAUUUUGGCUAAUUCCAUCUUUUUAGCCGCUUCAGAGUCGUCGUCAUCAACUCAUCAAAUCUCGAAAAAUAAAAAAUCUGACGGUUGUUCAGAUGAUUCAAGUAAAAAAUGCAAAGCUAACGAAACCUACGUAGAUUGCCCAGACUAUCAAUGUCGACCACUAAGUUGUUCCGAAGUAGGAUUCCCUAUAGCCUGUCCAGAUCAGUCUGAGAACAGUAGUUGUCCAAGCAAACCUGGAUGCGUAUGCGUCGAUGGAUUUGUUAAGAACAGUAAAGGAGUAUGCGUCCCUUUGUCAGAAUGCCCCUCGUGUGGUGGUGACAAAAAUGCCAGACCUGGGUGUGGAGUAAACUGCAAUAAACAUUGUUCAGAUAUUGGAGAAGAGCCUAAAGCAUGUAUACUGAUUUGUUAUUCAAACGCAUGCGAUUGCAAAGACGGCUACUAUUUAAAUAGUGAUGGCAAAUGUGUUAGACCCGACCAAUGUUAUAAAACACCUACAUGUGGGAAAAACGAAGUGUUCUCAAAUUGCACCAACGGUGGAUGCGAUGCAAGGAACUGCACUCAGCUAGGAAACCCGGUGCCUUGUGUGAAAUUGGAUCCCGCUUCCUGUAAGAAAGGAUGCGUUUGUGCAGACGGUUAUCUAAGGGCCGAUAAUGGAACUUGUAUUCCGAAAUCUCAAUGUCCGUCUUGCGGUGGCGAUAAGAAUGCAAAGGCCGGAUGCGGAGUGAACUGCAACAAACAUUGCUCAGAUAUUGGCGAGGAACCCAAAGCUUGUAUAGAAAUAUGUUAUGACAACGCAUGCGACUGUAAAGACGGCUUCUAUUUAAAUAGUGAUGGCAAAUGUGUUAGACCUAACCAGUGCAAUAAAACACCUACUUGUGGCAAAAACGAAGUAUUUUCAAAUUGUACUAACGGCGGGUGUGAUGCCAGAAACUGCAGUCAACUAGGAAAGCCUGUGCCAUGUGUUAAUUUAGUAGCCGGUGCCUGCAAGAAAGGAUGCGUGUGCGCAGAAGGUUAUUUAAGGGCAGACAACGGAAAGUGUAUACCAAAAUCUCAGUGUCCAUCCUGUGGAGGGGAUGAAAAUGCUCAGGCUGGAUGUGGAGUAAACUGCAAUAAACAUUGUUCUGAUAUUGGCGAAGAACCCAAAGCUUGCAUACAAAUUUGCUAUGACAAUGCUUGCGACUGUAAGAAAGGCUAUUAUUUAAAUAAUAAGGGCAAAUGCGUAAAACCCGAUCAAUGCGAUAAAAUUCCGACAUGUGGGAAAAAUGAAGUAUUUUCAAAUUGCACGAACGGCGGUUGCGAUGCCAGAAACUGCAGUCAACUGGGAUACCCUGUUCCUUGUAUAGAUUUAGUUGCUGGAGCUUGCAAGAAAGGAUGCAUAUGCGCAGAUGGUUAUCUAAGAGCAGAUAAUGGAAAGUGUAUACCGAAAUCUGAAUGCCCAAGUUGUGGAGGCGAUCCAAAUGCAAAAUCUGGAUGUGGAAUAAAUUGUGGAAAAAAAUGUUCUACCAAACCAAGUCCUUGUCCCAAAAUAUGCCACAUUAACGCAUGUGACUGCAAAGAUGGCUAUGUUUACGACGAUAAUACUGGAAAAUGCGUUUUACGGAAAAACUGCACACCAACAUGUGAAAUCAACGAAGUAUUUUCAAACUGCACCAAUGUUUGUGGUGCAGUCAGAAACUGCAGUCAGCUUGGUGAGCCCAUACCUUUCUGUCCAAAGAUGGACCCGGCGACUUGCAAAACUGGAUGUGUUUGCAAGGAUGGAUAUUUAAGAGCUAGAAAUGGCACGUGCAUACCUAGAAAUGAUUGCCCCUCAUGUGGUGGUGAUCCUAAUGCUAAACCUGGAUGCGGAGUCCACUGUGGGAACACAUGUUCAACGUACAAAAACAAACCAGUCGCUUGUCCUUUAAUAUGUAGAUUGAACGGCUGUGAUUGUAAAACCAACUACGUAUUUGAUGCAAACACCCAAAAGUGCGUUUUACCAAAAGACUGCAGCCAAAAGUGCACUCGGCCAAACGAAGUGUAUGAUCUAUGCCCAGCUAAAUGCCCAUUUAAAACCUGUGGUAUAGAUGAUCGUCUGAUCGACUGCCGACCUUCACCCACUGUCGGAGACCCUGACUGUCCUCCGCCAUCUUGUCGGUGUGCUAACGGAUUCUUUAGAGAUGAUAAAGAAAAUUGUGUCGAGUGGGAAAACUGUCCUAAAUGCAACAACCCAAACGAAGAGUACGACGCAUGCCCUGCACCUUGUCCGCCUAGACGAUGUGAUGUCGACGACAGUUUGAUUUUAUGCCAAGUUCCACCUCAAGUGGGCGACCCUGCCUGCAAACCGGGUUGUCGCUGCUCAGAUAACUAUGCCAGAAAUGAUAAGGGUAUCUGCAUCCCUCGGGAACAAUGCCCUAAACCCAAGUCAUGUAACGGUGAUCCAAACGCAACUCCCGGUUGUGGAGUUAACUGCGGUAGGCUCUGUUCUAACUACCAGAGAGACGAUGUGGUGUGCCCAGCGAUUUGUUAUGAGAAUGCCUGCGACUGUAAGAAAGGCUACGUUUUUGAUAGCAAUAUUGGCUCGUGCGUUCUACCUGAUCAAUGCACACCGAUAUGCAAUGAGAACGAGGUAUUCUCAAACUGUUCGCAAGCAACUUGUAGCCCUCAGAAUUGUUCUCAAAAAGGGUUACCAACUCCCUGUGUUCUUGUUGCUGAGGGUUCCUGCAUCAAGGGAUGCGUUUGUGUAGAUGGUUUCCUUCGGGAUUCUAACGGCAACUGCAUACCUGAAGACCAGUGUGGCGAUCAAACUUCUUGUAAUGGUGAUCCCAAUGCGAAACCAGGUUGUGGUGUGAACUGUGGUCGACUUUGUUCAAACUACAGAGCUAGCAACAAUAUUGCUUGUCCUGCUAUAUGCAACCUUAAUGGAUGUGAUUGUAAAGAAGGUUUUGUAUUAAACACUGACACUGGAAAGUGUGUUGUUCCCGAUCAAUGUCCUAAAAGUCCAAAUUCAUGCAGAGGUGAUCCAAACGCACAACCGGGAUGUGGUAUAAACUGUGGGAGAUUGUGUUCUAACUACCAAAACAGUGAAGAAAUCUCAUGCAUCGACUUAUGCCAAGAGGAUGGUUGCGACUGUAAAGACGGCUAUGUUUUAAAUACAGACACCGGAUUAUGUGUUUUACCUGAUCAAUGUCCCGGAAAUGAAAACCCAUGCAACCAACCUAACGAAGAGUACCAGCAAUGCCCAGGGUGUUCCCCAGGAACUUGCGAAAGUAUUGGCAGAGUGUACAACUGCCCUCUUCAACCGUCGGAUCCAAGCAAAUGCGUAGGCGCUUGCCGCUGCAAGCCUGGAUAUUACAGGAAUAAAAUUGGAGAAUGCAUCACGGAGGAUCAGUGUUUGACGUGCAAUGGACCAAACGAAUUCUUCUCAUGUGGACCUGAAUGUGAUAAUGUGUGUUCUACACUGGAGCAACAAAAUAGAACUAACUGCCCUAUUAUUAACGUACAAUGCAACAAACAAUGCUACUGCGAGGACGGAUAUGCCCGAAAUGACGAUAAUAUAUGUGUACCUAUUGAGAAAUGCCCUGUGAGAACUUCGUGCAAUGGUGAUCCCAAUGCGCAACCAGGGUGUGGUGUGAAUUGUGGUAGACUUUGUUCAAACUACAAAAUUGGAGAUCAAAUUGCAUGCGCUGCCGUAUGCUACCCGGAUGGGUGUGAUUGCAAAAAAGGUUUUGUCUUAGAUACUGAAACUGGCAAAUGUGUUCUACCGGAACAAUGUCCUAUUACGUCGGGCUCUUGUCAAGGCGAUCCUAAUGCAAAACCUGGUUGUGGUAUUAAUUGCGGGCAACUGUGUUCAAACUAUAAAAAUAGCGAAGAAGUAUUUUGUACUGAUAUAUGCAAUGAAAACGGUUGUGAUUGUAAACUGGGCUAUGUUCUAGACACCGAUACUGGCUUAUGUGUUUUACCCCAAAACUGUCCAGGCAAUGAAAUCGAAUGCAACAAUCCUAAUGAAGAAUACCAGCAAUGUCCAGACUGUUCCCCUGGAACUUGUGCCAGUAUUGGUCAAGUAUACAACUGUCCUCUUCAACCAUCGGACCCGGCCAAUUGCAAAGGAGCUUGUCGUUGUAAACCUGGAUUCUACAGGAAUUCAAUUGGCCAAUGUAUCACAAAAAAUCAAUGCUUGCAAUGCAAUGGACCAAAUGAAUUCUACUCAUGUGGCACAGCGUGUGAUAAUGUUUGUGCAACCCUGGAUCAGCAAAACCAAACUAAUUGUCCCAUCAUGAACAUCAAAUGUAACGAAAUGUGCUAUUGUGAAGAUGGGUUUGCCAGAAACAGUGAUAAUAUAUGUAUACCAAUUACUCAAUGCCCUGAUAAUUGCGGUGAAAAUGAGCGAUACGUAGACUGUCCUGAUGCAGAAUGUGUUCCCCAAAGCUGCGAAGACGCUGGUUUUCCCGUCAGUUGUCCAAGAUUUGCUAAUGGGAAAUGUCCGAGCAAUCCAGAAUGUCUAUGCAACUCUGGGUAUUUUAGGAAUUCUGAUGGCGUUUGUGUUCCUGGGAACCAGUGUCCUUCAUGUGGAGGUGACCCUAAUGCAAGACCUGGAUGUGGAGUGAACUGUGGUAGACUUUGUUCCAACUACAACAAUCCUGACGGAGUCGCAUGUCCAGCUAUAUGCAACAUCAACGGGUGUGACUGCAUUGAUGGAUACGCAUUGGACACCAACACCGGCAAAUGCGUUUUGCCCAAACAAUGCACGAAUCAAUGCGGUCCUAAUGAGGUCUACUCUACCUGCGUCAAUGGAGGAUGUGACAGGAGACUUUGUUCCCAAUUGAGCCAACCUCAGCUUUGUAUUGAUCCCAUCAAAUGUGAAGGCGGAUGUAUAUGCAGGGACGGCUACUUGAGAGAUUCAAAGGGAGUUUGUGUUCCGACGGACCAAUGUGAGUGUCAAUCUGGGGAGGUAUUUUCAAACUGCACGGAAGGAGUAUGUCGAAUACAAGAUUGCUCUCAAAAAGGACAAGAGAUUGCUUGCAUAGCUGUUGUGCCAUCAGUUUGCACUAAGGGAUGCCUCUGCGCUGUAGGGUACCUAAGAAAUUCUAAUGGCAAAUGUGUUCCUGAAGAUCAAUGUGAAUCAUGUCCCGAAGGAGAAACAUUCUCCAAUUGCCCACCAGUCUACAGCAGCGAUUGUGACUCUGAAUAUUGUCCCCGGUCAAGGAAUGAUCCUGCCAUAUGCCCCACAACCAAACAAUGUGGUACACCGAAAUGUGUUUGUGGCAUUUUGGACAAGAGAAAUAGGGAAACAGGACAGUGCGUCCGCACAAGUGACUGUCCCCCAUUCCCCUGUGAUGGGCCGAACGAAGAAUACCAAUCCUGUCCUCCUGGUUGUCCCGGGGAGACAUGUACCGACUAUCUAGAAAACUCUUCUUGUCCUAAAUUUAGAAUCGGUAUAGUUGUACCUUGCAAGCCUCAAUGUAGAUGCCUCAAAGGCUUUUACAGAAACUCUAAAGGGAUUUGCGUUGAAAGCAGCCAAUGUACUGCACCGCCUCAAUCAGUGUGCCCUGAUCUUCCCCCACCAGACAAAGAACAGUUGUAUGAUUUGGAACAAGGGAAUGCAGCUUUCACUGGAAAUUUCCUCUAUCAACUACUCAAGAGUAAGCCUGAUGAGAAUCUUAUAAUAUCACCAUUCUCUGUGUUGAUACCACUGGCAGAAUUAGCGUUAUAUGCAGAGGGAUUAUCUUUAUCGCAACUGUUAAAUCUGCUUAACCUUCAGAAUAAAAAUCAGAUCCGUUCCAGUUUUCCCCAACUAAUUGACAUGGUGAAUUCAGAACAAAGUAAUACACUUGAUUUAGGAGCUAGAGUGUAUGUAAAUCAAGAUUAUCAGUUGACUAAAGCAUUUGAAGAAGACACGUCAUGCGUGUUUGAUGCUGAAGUGGGAACAAUUAAUGUUUACGAUCCCGAUGACGCUGCAUCACAAAUUAAUGAUUGGGUGAGCUAUAUUACAAAUGGAAAUAUUCAAGACCUUGUUUCCCCUGAUAUGAUCAAUGAUUUAACGCGACUUAUCUUAGCCAAUGCAAUUUAUUUUAAGGGAACAUGGCAGACACAAUUUAAUCCAGAGAAUACUAUAUACCAAGAUUUUUAUGUCACUAAAGAUAUAAUUAACCAAGUUAUGAGAAUGAAUGUAAAAUCUAAGUUCAAUUAUGCUGAAAUCCCUUCUAUUGACGCUAAGGUUUUAGAAUUACCUUACGUCGGCAAAAACUUGAAAUUGAUAGCAUUCCUACCUAACCAAAUAGAUGGAUUGGUUCCAUUAGUUGAUUUACUAAGAGACAAGAGCGUAUUUAAUGAUGCAAUUGACAGUUUGUCGCUAGAAACUGUAUCAGUAUCUUUUCCAAAAAUUGACAGUUCUUCAACAAUCGAUUUAAAGGAAAUUUUACAAAUGCUGGAUGUGACUGGAAUAUUUGACCCAGAUGACUCUGGUUUGUCUAACAUAAUAACAUCGAAGGAAAUCCUAUACGUUUCUAAUGCCAUCCAAAAGGCUACUUUCACAGCUGACGAGAAAGGAUCCGAAGCGGCGGCAGCAAAUGCCUUUGGUGUAACUUUAACAUCACUGACAGAAAAGCCAGAGGAAUAUAAUUUUAACGUAGAUCAUCCCGUUGUUUAUUACAUAUUAUAUAAAAACGUUGUACUUUUCUGCGGAACGUUUGUCACACCUUAAUAUCAGGUGAAAUAUUUUCAACAUUUUUCAGAAGAUUAUAAAAAAAAAGAUAAAU